AAGCUACCGGGGCUCAAAGUUCACUUUUAUCACAAAGAGGUUCUGACAUCAUUGGGCAACCUUGUUGGUCGAACAAUUAAACUAGACUAUCAUACUCUGAAUCGGCAGCGAAGGAAGUUUGUUCGGUUGGUGGUGGAAGUAGACUUGUCCAAACCCUUGGUUCCGCGUAUCUUUCUGGACGGGAAAUGGCAAAAGGUUGAAUACAAAAAUCUUCUAGUAGUCUUCUUCUAG